AUGUCAGUUUCGGUCGCCUAUUCCGGGGCCAGUCUUGUGAUUCUGAUUGGCGGAGCGAUCACACAGAGAUCACUGCAGAACAUUCAAAUGCACAGUCACAUCAUCGGACUGCUAUUGCUGGUCCUCGGUCUUUUUUGUGAGACCACGGUGGUCAAGCCCGCACUGUACCGUGGGCCUCCACGUGUGAAAGAGAUUGGAAAAGUCCCCGUAAAAUAUGUAUUUACGCAUGAAAUUUUACCGGUCCCCAUCAAAGAAAGUGAGCUACAUGGUUAUGGAGCGAAACACUAUGUGACCACGAAACCAAAGGUCGAUGUCACUGUAGUGACACGAGUCAUUGAAGAAGUGCCAUUUGUGAUUCCAUCCAAAAACGGGCAUCGCCACUCCGUUGGUCGUCGUCAGUGGCGAAGAGUCCCAACAAAACAAACAAUUCAGCGAGUUCGUCCUUCAUCUUUCAAGCAGGCCAUUGGGACUUACAAACUUGGAAAUUCAGUACCACUGCAGAAUAACUUCGGAGAGUUCGCUCCACAUGCCUUGUUGGACAACAGAGGCAAAAACAUUGAUGUCAACCUACAGAUGACCUACAUUGAUCUGAUAGGAGAUUAUCGAAUAGAGAGAAAACCGACGCAGUUUAUGCAAAAGAUGUAUGGCUUAAUUAGUCAGAAUAAAGGCUGA